CUUGUUCCCCCUUGGUAUUCGUGUUUUGUGAUUCGAACAGUGAGCAGGUUGCUGUCGCACAAGGAACUGCCACUGCAAAUGAAGUACAUAAAUUAAUUGAAAGAUAAUAAUAAUAAUAAUUCAAGAGAAAUAUUCUAAAACUUCAACUGGAAAAGAGCGCUGGAAAACCCGAGUAGAGUGGCUGACAAACGACAGACGACAGACCUAUUCGAAUAGGCAUUUAUAAAGGCGCAAUUUGACGCUGAUAACAAUUAUUUCUCGCUUGCUCUACACGAAAGCCUAAAUUGUCUGGAUGGGAAACAACUUAACUACGAGUGGAUUGGUACGGAUAAACCGGGGCAGAAUUGUGUUCUUCGAAAGGCCCGUCGAGGCGCAGGAGAACAAGGUUGACCCAGAUAUGGAGGCCACCGGGACUAGCAGCUCGCUGAUGCCCUUUAACGAGGAUGGGAAACGUCUGCCGCUGCACAUAGAGCAACUGCCCAAUGAUCUAUGGAUCGAGAUUAUGACUUAUUUGUCAUUCAGAGACUUGCAGCAGCUGCGUUUGGUAUCUUGGCGCUGUCGCGAAUUGGUCAAUCGACGGUAUUUCACAUCCAAGGGCAAGGUGAUUGUUACCAAAGAGAAUCUGAAUGCAAUGAAGGCGCACAUCGAGCGUGGAGUUUCGUAUUUGCGCUUUGACGAUGUUGAGUUGCGUGAUCUGACGCAGAGUCCCGAGCUGUCGCAGUUCUUGAAGAUGGUGGGGCCGGAGGUGAAGCACAUGGAGGUCCGGCAUGCGCCAGUCUUUCGUAACAUGGAUGGCAAGCUGCCCAAUUUGAAGAUCUUGAAAAUAGUUACCACCAGCUUCCUGGAUGAUGUCAACAUGACCAUCGAUGGCAUCAAUAUGAAGCAAUUCAUGCAUCUGACCGGCUUCGAGUGCGAUGGCGUCAGUUUGGACGCACCUCUGAAGCUAUUGAUGCUGUUGCAGCUGCGCCGCGUGGAGAAUAAGGUGCGAUUGCGUCAUCUGCAAUUCGAGUAUCGUCGUAACAAUGAGACUGCACUGCUGCAGGUGCUCUACGAUCAUGCGCCGACCUUGGAGUGCGUCGACCUCUUCUUCAGCUGCUCGCCGGGCAUCGAAACUCUGCGCUGGUGUGCGGCCUUCAAGCGGAUGCACAAUCUGCGCACUCUCAAGCUCUCUGGCAAUUGUCAUCUCGUGCUCCUCGAUGAUAUUCUGGACGCGAUUCCCGAAACGAGCAAGCUAGAGCACCUCGAUCUCACUGGCAUGCUGUCGCUAACAAAUGAAAUGCUGCUCUGCAUAGCGGACAAGUGGCACAAGACUCUGCGCUCACUCGAUCUCAUGUUCUGCGUGCAGCUGGACGUACGCUGUGUGUCGGCCCUGCGUAAGAUGAACGGCUGCCUAGAGUCCUUGACCAUGGCCUACUGCCGCGCACUGACCGGCAGGGGCCUCGUCGAGGGUCUGACCACGCAGAUAAACUAUACGCUGCAGGAGCUCUUCCUGGAGGAUGUGUGCUUUAUCGAUGAGGCGUCAAUGUGCACAAUGCUGGAGCGUCUGCCCAACCUGCGCAAGCUCAGCCUGGACAACUGCCGCCAGGCAACCACCGAUCGCACCCUAUCCACCAUCUUCCGCCACCAGACACUGCUGCGCCUGCUAAGGAUCGACCACUGCAUCAAGGUAACCGACAUGGGCUUCAUAGGAUUUGGCAAUCAGCCGGCGCCCAUCAGUCGCUUGCGCGGCUUGCACGAGCUCAAUGUUCGAGGCUGUCGCAAUCUGACAGAUCGUCUGCUUAAGCGAGCGCUACAUCUGCCGGAGCUGCUGGACCUCACGCUGGACUACUGCAAUCGCUUGGAGGCCAAUGGCAUAGCGGCGCUCAGUGUCAACUGUCCAUCCCUGGAAAAGCUGUCCGUGGCUAGCUGCUCGCUGAUCAAUGACGAUGCGGUGGGCUACAUCGUUGUCAAUUUGAAACGCCUGCGCAGUCUCACCAUCAGCAACUGCUCGAUUCUCACACUGCAGGCCUUCAAAUAUAUUGCCAAACAUGGCCGGAACCUGAGGGAAUUGAUUGCUUGCAGCAUUGAUGGACUCGACCAAGAUGCAGCACAGAAGAUUCUGUCGCGACAGCUGCCAGAACUGAAGCAUGUGACGCUAUAGCAGGAGAGGCUGGUUCACUGACUAGACGAAAAUAAUCCCCACGCCGGCUGGGGAACCGAUGACGAGGACGAGCCGGAAAUCAUCGAGAUUGUUAUCUGAGCCAGACCUAGGCAAUACGAUCGAAUCUACUUCUAUUCAUUGUCUAAUCUGACUUUAGUGAUUAUUUUCUAUAUUAUAAUAAUUACUUCCUAUAUUCUAAUCUAAUUUAUUCAAAUUGUUCUAUGCAUGUUUCCUUUUCUCAUGUUUCAUGUUUUUGUCUAUUACAUAGUAAUAUAUAUUUAAGUUUUACACAAAACAUUAAAAUGUGCUUCACAAUGUCGUAAACUUUAGGUGAAAUCAUAUACGUAUAUACAAAUUCAUACACUUAGAGGAAAUGUUGUAAUUCGCUCAACAGUUAGUUGAGAUAAUAUUAUAUAUACAUAUACAAUAACUCUUGUAACUGCUAUCUAUGGUUCUCAACUCAACAAUAGUUCAAGCCAAAAAGUCAUGCUACUAACAUACCUCUAAAUAAAUGAAUCUAAACAUUUCAAAAAGUCAAAAUUCUUCAAGAACUAUCAAAUACACUGAAGCUAUCUAAAACUUUUGUUAUGUGAUAUAGCAAAGUAUAAUGAUGAUCCCAAGCAGAAUUGGGAAAACUAGUCAAGUCUAGACUUACCAACUUAUCGAGCUUCACUACAAGACACUUUUAUUGUGAGUCAUAUAUUAUGAACAGAUAUACAUAUAUACUAUAUAUAAAUAUAUAUGUCUAAAAUAUAUUCAAAGUGUCAAAAUUAUUGAGCAACAUAACGAUCAUAAGAUCAAUACGAUAUAUCGAUGUAUUUACUCUAUAUGUACAAAAAUGCCGCCCAUUGCGAACUUGCACCAUAAUCGAAAAUACUUAUAUACAUAUAUAUCUAUAUAGAUAUACAGAUAUUUAUCCGAAUUUACAUUAUACAAUGCCAAAUACAGAAUGAGGCUUUCAAUACUAAUUACUUGAACUUGAACUUGUGUAAAAUUAGAUCGACUUAAAAGAUCAACGAGAUAUAUAAAAGCCAGAGCUAAGCAUUUUGUAGCUCAUAACUAAUAUUGAUUAGAUUUCUUAUAUGGGUCGAUAGCAUUUAUUAACAACAUUUCCCUUUCCCAUUAAAUAUACUGAGCAAGUGUAUCAGAUGAGCACCUGUUGCAUAAAAGUACAUCAAUCGAGCUCGGUUAAAGCCAAACAAAGCAAAAGAUUUCCCGGAAAUAGCGCUCUGAUUAUUUAAAUCCGUUGAAUUUUACACAAGUUUCGGGAAUAUUUACGAAUAGAAAUAAAAACUUAAAUACUUAAGGGUAUUCAUAGAUGAAGGAAAACUAAUUUUCUCAACUAUCCUAGUUUAGUGAUUACAAUUAAUUUAUAAUGAUAUUGAAAAAUCAUGAAAAGGUUGUUUACUGACAGCUAAAAAAUCUGUGGUUUGAAAAGAAAAGAAUGAAAUUGAUUUAAGAUUGUAUUGUUUUAAGAUUAUUUUUUUUCUUUUUUAACAGUUCCAUAUCAUACUUAAGUGUAUGAUAAAACAUGUGGAAGUAGAAUGAAAACAUUUUAAGAAUACAUAUUUAGUAGUUUGAUAGUAUUUACAAAAAUAUUAUAUACAUAAAUAUAUAUACUACAACUAUAUAAUUAUUGCCAUGCGCAACUGAGUAGAUAUUUCAUAUGUGUUGUUAAUUGCAUAUAUUAUACGAUUGGUUCUUGCCAAGUAUUUAAUACUAACCGCAUAUAAACUUUUGUGUCAUAACCCAUGCAUUGGUAAAUGUCUAUUGAAUAGGUAACGAAGAACGAAGUUCCGGGCUCCGAUCCCGGUGAAGGCUGGUUGAAUACGUGUCCAGUGAUUUAAUGAUAUAUUUACUGACUUCAUUUGAUCAAGUCUUUGUCGUUUGACAUAGGGAAUAUAUAAGUGUAUUCACAUUUCUCUAUAAUUAUAAUAAUUUGUCUUAAGUCUUACCGAACGAUUUAUCACAUAACAUAAUAAAAUUGAUGUUGCAUCUCAAUCUAUUUGUCUAACUA